GUCGCGCGGCGGUCUUCGUGUGGGGACGGCGGCCGAUUGUGAUUGUGAACGGAUCAUGUCCUUGGUUCGCGGCGGUGGCUGGCACGUAGGGCAGGUCCUUGUGCGUAGUAUGGCGUCAUCUGCUGCACGGGCUGCGGCCGAGCAGCAGCCGGGCCCGGUGAUGGCGGCUAUCCGACAGAAGUUGACGGAGCGCUUUCAGCCCACCACGCUUGACGUCAAGAAUGAGAGCUACAUGCACUCUGUCCCUCGAGGCAGCGAAACCCACUUCAAAGUGACCAUUGUGUCUGACCAAUUUGAGGGCAUGAAGCUCAUCGAG